UGUGGUUAAGUGUUUGAGGUGGAGAAGCAUCUUUGCUCGUUUCGAUAGUUAGAAACUGGUUUUGAUUUGUUGAGGAAAAAGAAAUAAGUUUCUUAGUAAAAUGGAAAAAUUAUAUAAUAAAUAUUGAUAGUCAUUCUCUAAAAAUAGGUGAUCUUACUUCAGAAUAUCGUGCAGUAAUUAAAAAUUUAAUAAACAUCAGUGUUCGAUAUAUUUAUCGAUAUUCCUCCACUCUAGUGGUUGCGAAGAGCAUGGUAUCUAGCUGGCCCGUUCACUCGCACGCGCUAGAGUGCUUUGCCCUCAUUUAAGUGUGGUAGUGUACCAGUGUGUGGCUGCUGUUGGAAAAGCUGAUGAAAAUUGCACUUUUUGCAUAAUGCGCGACGUGAAAAGCUAACAAAAGUUGUGGAAAAUCAAAAUUGAGUUGUCUGGCGACGGUUUGUGCGUGAAAGCGGGCGGCGCGAACGUGUUUGGUGCACAAAAACCACGUCUCGAAAAUCAAGAAUUCUACGUGCACACAUUUUUGCUGCCAUAUAAAACGCAUACAAACGCAUUUUCUCGCUGUAUAGAGCGGGAGCAGCCAGAGCAGCAGUUUUUCACACACACACACACACAACCACAAUACAACACAAACACCAACACACACAUCCGAAAAGGCACACCAACACGCGAACGAGAAAUGCGAGCAUAAAGAAGAAUUUUUUCUUAGUUGUAUUACAAGAGCAUUAGAUACAUAUAUAUAAGUAUAUAACAUAUAUAGUAUAUACAUAAUAUAUACACGCCUAUGUGUAUAGUACAUAAACAUACAUAUAAUUAAACGAAAGCUGUGCCUACAUUUGUGUUCUUUUCCAAUAUUAAAAUUAAUAAAAAAAAAAUAAUAAUCACAACAAUAACAAUAACGGUAAUAAAGUAAAUGCAAGUUUAAGAGAGAGCAAGAGAGAGAGAGAGCACUUAACUGUGCUUAUUCCAAUUUAUAAAUACGCCUACGCCACGCCCACGCGCAACAACAAAACAACCAACAACAACAACAGCAAAAACAACAACAAAAAAAUGAAAAAUCAACCAAACGAAUAAAACUUUAAAAACUACUUUAAAGUGUGAUAAGCAAAAGGCUGAAAUCAAAACUAAAAAUAAUUAGUAGAAACCAAAAGCAACAACAAAAAAAAAAAAACAUCCACAAAAAACAAAAACAACAACAACAAUCAAUCAAUUACAUAUUUUACACCAAAAACACGAACAUAAACAAGGAGAGAAACACGAGCCAACCUUUUUAUACAUUAAUUCUUUUUCCUAAAAAUACAAAACAAAAAAACCUAAAUUAGUGCAAAAGCCAUGUAUCCAGUUGGACAACAGUCACAGUGGACCCCCUCGCCCACUCGGCCUCAGAGUCCCUCUCAGGCGCAGACUAGCUUCGACACGCUCACAUCACCACCGGCGCCCGGCUCAUCGGUCAAUCCCACCGCGGUCACCAGCCCGAGUGCCCAGAAUGUGGCAGCUGGUGGAGCCACUGUGGCCGGUGCUGCUGCAGCAGCCGCCCAGGUCGCCUCCGCCCUUGGCUCAACCACCGGCAGCGUGUCGGCAGCCAUUGCCACCGCCACGCCAGCCGCCCAACCGGACAUGCCCGUCUUCACGUGCCCCCGCCGUCCGAAUCUGGGCCGGGAAGGUCGUCCGAUUGUGCUCCGUGCCAAUCACUUCCAGGUGACGAUGCCCCGUGGCUAUGUCCACCACUACGACAUCAACAUCCAGCCGGACAAGUGUCCGCGCAAGGUCAACCGCGAGAUCAUCGAGACUAUGGUCCAUGCCUACAGCAAGAUCUUCGGGGUGCUGAAGCCCGUGUUCGAUGGCCGGAAUAACUUGUACACCCGUGACCCCUUGCCCAUUGGCAACGAACGGCUGGAGCUGGAGGUCACCCUGCCCGGCGAGGGCAAGGAUCGCAUCUUUCGCGUGACGAUCAAGUGGCAGGCUCAGGUCUCUCUCUUCAACCUGGAGGAGGCGCUCGAGGGUCGCACCCGCCAGAUACCCUAUGACGCCAUCUUGGCGCUCGACGUGGUGAUGCGUCAUCUGCCCAGUAUGACGUACACUCCAGUGGGACGCAGUUUCUUCAGCUCACCCGACGGCUACUACCAUCCUCUUGGCGGUGGUCGCGAGGUGUGGUUCGGUUUCCAUCAGAGUGUGAGGCCUUCGCAGUGGAAGAUGAUGCUCAACAUCGAUGUAUCGGCUACUGCUUUCUACAAGUCCCAACCCGUGAUUGACUUCAUGUGUGAGGUGCUGGACAUUCGCGACAUCAACGAACAGCGCAAGCCGCUCACCGACUCCCAGCGCGUCAAGUUCACCAAGGAGAUCAAGGGCCUGAAGAUCGAGAUCACCCACUGUGGUCAGAUGCGUCGCAAGUACCGGGUGUGCAACGUCACCCGUCGUCCAGCCCAGAUGCAAUCCUUCCCAUUGCAACUGGAGAACGGCCAGACCGUGGAGUGCACUGUGGCCAAGUAUUUCCUGGACAAGUACCGCAUGAAGCUGCGCUACCCGCAUCUGCCCUGCCUCCAGGUGGGCCAGGAGCACAAGCACACCUAUCUGCCCCUGGAGGUGUGCCACAUCGUCGCCGGCCAGCGCUGCAUCAAGAAACUGACCGAUAUGCAAACUUCGACGAUGAUCAAGGCCACCGCCCGCUCGGCUCCCGAUCGGGAGCGCGAAAUCAACAAUCUGGUGAAGCGCGCCGACUUUAACAACGACUCCUAUGUGCAGGAGUUCGGCUUAACCAUCUCCAAUUCGAUGAUGGAGGUGCGCGGACGCGUCCUCCCACCACCCAAGCUGCAGUACGGCGGACGUGUGUCCACGGGCAUCACUGGCCAGCAGUUGUUCCCGCCGCAGAACAAAGUGAGUCUCGCGUCGCCCAACCAGGGUGUUUGGGAUAUGCGCGGCAAGCAGUUCUUCACCGGAGUGGAGAUCCGCAUUUGGGCCAUUGCCUGCUUUGCUCCGCAGCGUACUGUGCGCGAGGAUGCGCUGCGCAACUUUACUCAGCAGCUGCAGAAGAUUUCCAAUGACGCCGGCAUGCCCAUUAUCGGCCAGCCGUGCUUCUGCAAAUAUGCCACCGGACCGGAUCAGGUCGAGCCGAUGUUCCGCUACCUGAAGAUCACCUUCCCGGGACUGCAACUCGUUGUGGUAGUGCUUCCCGGCAAGACACCUGUCUAUGCCGAGGUUAAGCGCGUGGGCGACACUGUCCUGGGCAUGGCCACCCAGUGCGUCCAGGCCAAGAACGUGAACAAGACAUCGCCGCAGACGCUGUCCAAUCUCUGUCUCAAGAUCAACGUCAAGCUGGGCGGCAUCAAUUCGAUCCUGGUGCCCUCCAUUCGGCCGAAGGUAUUCAACGAGCCGGUUAUCUUCCUGGGAGCGGACGUAACUCACCCGCCGGCUGGCGACAACAAGAAACCAUCGAUUGCCGCAGUCGUUGGGUCCAUGGAUGCUCAUCCGUCCCGGUAUGCGGCCACCGUGCGAGUGCAGCAGCAUCGCCAGGAGAUCAUCCAGGAGUUGAGCAGCAUGGUGAGGGAGUUGCUCAUCAUGUUCUACAAGUCAACGGGCGGCUACAAGCCCCACCGCAUCAUACUCUACCGCGACGGCGUCUCCGAAGGCCAGUUCCCCCACGUUCUGCAGCACGAGCUGACCGCCAUUCGGGAGGCGUGCAUCAAGCUGGAGCCGGAAUAUCGGCCGGGCAUCACGUUCAUUGUGGUGCAGAAACGCCACCACACGCGUCUCUUCUGUGCCGAGAAGAAGGAGCAGAGCGGCAAGUCGGGCAACAUACCCGCCGGCACCACCGUCGAUGUGGGCAUCACCCAUCCCACCGAGUUCGACUUCUACCUAUGCAGUCACCAGGGUAUCCAGGGCACCAGUCGUCCCUCGCACUACCAUGUGCUCUGGGACGACAACCACUUUGACUCGGACGAGCUGCAGUGCCUCACGUACCAGCUGUGUCACACCUAUGUGCGCUGCACCCGAUCCGUCAGUAUACCAGCGCCGGCGUACUAUGCCCACUUGGUGGCCUUCCGUGCCAGAUAUCAUCUUGUUGAAAAGGAACACGACUCGGGCGAGGGAUCGCACCAGAGCGGCUGCUCAGAGGAUCGCACACCAGGUGCCAUGGCCAGGGCCAUCACUGUGCAUGCGGACACCAAGAAGGUCAUGUACUUUGCCUAAAAAGUAUCGCUCCGGUCGUCCCCCACAAAGCGAAACACGAAACCCCCAACAACAAACACAAACAAAACACCAACACCAAAAAGCUAAGGAAUACAAAAUCAGUUUCGAAAUUCGAUUCGAAUAAGCUAAAACUAAAAACACCAUCAUCCAAGCACAUCCCAGCCCUCCUCAGAUCCAGCAGGCGGAUGAGAAAGCCAAGCAUGUUUUUAGAAAUUAAGUUAAAAGUUACAUUUAUUUUAUGAAAGGAAACAGAACACGAGGAUCUUGCAUGCAUAUAUUAGUUGUUAGUGAACCGAUAAACGAAAUCCCACAAAGACACAUCCACACACAUACACAACACUCGCGACACACGCAACAUGCAACACACACAAAGGCAAGGAUAGCAACACAGAGAGAAAUUAUAGGUAUGUAGGGAAGGAAUCGAAUGUUAUGCACAAGUUGGCGUGAAAAUUCUCAUGAAAAUUGAAAGAAGAAAAAAAGCGUAGCAAACAAAAUGCAAAUGCAAGUAAAUAGAAAUCAACUUAAGGGAACAAAGAAGCAAAAAAAAAAAAACUACGACAGCAACAACCAACACCAACACAAAACAACAACAAAAAAAAAAAAGUUAAGUAAACAAAACACGUCAUCAAAACACACGAGAGAGAGACAACUUUUCUAAUAGAAAUUACGAUUACAUUGUACAAUAUAUUUUUACACGAUACGAAAUGAAGACAUGAAUGAAUGCAUACAACCAAAGGUUUUUAGUAUACAAAAAAAAAAAAAGAAAAUUAAUAAGUUGCUGAUCGAACGACUCACACACAACAAAUACACACACCAACAACAAACAACACCAAUAACUCGGAUUCUCUGUACUGUGAACGAAGACCACCACCAAACAAAUUAAUUAAAAAAAAGAAAUAUUUUAAAAAAAUGCCAGAUGCCAGGAUAUAGCGAGCGACAUUGAAAGUUAGCAUGUACUAAAGAAUGAAAAAUACUUCAAUAACUAAGGCGCAGAUUAAACCAAGCAAGGACAUUUAAUAGUUUGUAAGUUGGGCUCUACCAAAAAAACAAAAAAAAGGCAGAUUAAAAAAAAAUUUAUGGGUGAGAUGAGAGCGCGGCAUAAUAUACCCGAGAACUGCAAUUUCAACAAGGGACAAACUUUUGGUCAUAACAAUAUCUAUAUAUACUUAUGGAGCAGAGUGGUUAUAUAUAUGUAUACAUAUAUACCUAGCAUAGGAGUAAAGUUAAAAGGUGUUUUUUUAAAAUACAAAAACAAAUGCAAAAGUCAAAAGUCAUAAUGAGAAAUACUUAAAUUCAAAAGUGCAAAUAACACGCUAACAGCAGUGCGUUAGUAGUGCAGAUAUUUUAUGUUUAGUCUUUAGUUUUGACCUCUUGUAUGCACACAAAUACAAUCACACUCAAAGCUAACUCCCCUCCAGAAACCCAAAACCCAAGUCCAAGUCCAAGGCAUAUCACUCAAAGACCUUCUUAUUUAUGUACCUAUUUACUAAAUUAGCUUAACCAUCUUAGUUACUCUUAUAUCUUUUUAAUUUUUUUUAAAAAACGCUCUAGAACAACAAAAGUUGAUUUCUUUAUGUUAUUUUUUUUCGAAUGGCAUCUCUGAUCUAUAAAUUGUAAUUUGCGUAUUAAAUAACUUUAGAGCCAAGUGGUGUACGGGUAAUAUAAACUAGGCAACUUUUCUCCAAAACGACGUCCGGCGUCCACGGCGGAGGAGAGGUGGCAACUACAUUUCAAUAUUUUACAAAAACGUAGUUUUAGUUUCGCAAUUCGCAACCAACCAAGCAACCAACAAACAUGCAACAAACAAACAAUAUUAAUAUGAUGGAACUUAUGCUUAAUAAUUGUACUAUAUCGAGGACACAGUUCAAGUUAACAUUAUAAUCAGUUGUUAUUUAUAAGGUCCAGUGGGUGGUGAUUUUGCUCUCCAGCCGCCCCGGGCCGAACCUUAUUUAUAAAUCUUAAAAAAAAAAAACAAAAAAAUGUGUACCAUCUAUCACAGAACCUUUACUUUAGAUUUAGUUUUCAACGUUUGCAAGCUGUUUUGCCAAUCAUACAUUAUGUGAACAUUAUAAAAUACAUAUUUAAAUCUA